AUGAGCCACCCGCGCGGUGCGGAUCAACUGUACGACAAGCAGGUCCCCCGUCCGGACAAAUCGCCAGCCAAGACGGCUCAGAUCCAGGCGCAGAACCGACGACGCGAGUAUCUGGACCGCAACCCAGGCUACUUUACCGCCCUGGACCACGAGCUCGCAGGCACAGCCGCAGACCCGGUUCUGUACGAACGCCUCGUCAAGCGGCACCAGACGUCCUCGGAGCGCCAGCAAGAGGGCCUGGCUAAAGGCUACGGGCGCGUGCUCGAGGCAGACCUCGCCCGCGGAGAGACCCGCCUCUCCGCGCUCGCGACAGAGGCAGCCGGCGAGCAGCGGGAGGAUCUGACGCCAGCCGAGCAAAGGUGGCACGCUGCAUCUAUAGACAACCCUUGGGAGGGGGAGGCGAGCACCAAGGAGCAGGGCUCCGAGCUGUGGAGAGAAUUUCUACGGGAGCGGUUCAUACGUGGUGGGGAUGACGACUUUGACUAUGGCAAGGUAGAUGGCAACGAGGAGUUUGAUGUGGUAUUGCGGAGGGAUGAGCAGGACCGUUGGUUUGACGAUGAGGAGCCGAGCUGGGUUGGGGAUGCGGGCGAGACGGGGGUUCAGGAUUUUUGA